GUAUUGUUUAUAUGUUUGAGUUCGCGGGCGGUUGUUUUUGACUGCGGGAAGGCGUAAAGACGGUAAUAUUGUUUUGAUUCCUCGGCGCUUGUGUUUAAUCGUCGAUAUUACGCGUACUGUUGUGGAUAUGGCAACACUGGGAGAGCCACAAGGGGACUUCCGGGAUUACCGAAUAAGUGCAGUUGCCGAGUCUGAAGAUAGUGACGAGGACCUAGAAGUUAUUGUCGGCCGGCAAUGGCGCUUGUACUGGGCGACCCCACUCCAGGACCUGCAGUACACGGAAGCCAGGUUGAAGCAGUACGCCAUGCACCUGCGAGGAGCGCUGCGGGAGGAGAAUGUGGGCCGUGUGGAGGCGAGCGUCACGGCCCUGCCGGAGCUGAGGCCAGAUGACGAAGUUCCCGUUCCGUUACAGAUCUCGGUCGAAGCUAUCAGCGGUGAAAACGAAAGGCAAUGUUUGUACACUGGAAUAAUGUUGUCUUGGACAAAACCUCGCAGACUUUCUGAGCAAAAGAACUUGGUACAUCUACCGCUGUUGUUAUGCAGAGGUCAAAUGAAAACUAUUGAAUCUGUACACCUCACGUUGCACAUUUUAUUAAAUUGCAACAUAAAAGAGCUGACGUUUGCGAAUGAACAUAUGUUGUGGAUACUUGGCCUUGCUGCUCACUUUCAUGAUGAAAGGUUUAAUGAACUGCAUCUAAGAUUUCUCUCUCCGGGCCUGGGGGAUAAAAUUGUUCUAGACUUCACUAUAUUGAUGGCAGUACUCAAAGAACUUUGGAGAAGUAUCCACGGGACUGAAACGAUCUACAUAACAUAUGACCAAAUAAGCAGUUUAAGAGAAAAGUGCUACGCAAUGCUUGAAGAAAUAUAUAGUGUAAAUUUAAGAAUGUUACAUUUAACUCGGAUAAAGUGCAAAGACUUGUCAGUGUCGGUCAAAGGCCACGUAAAGUUUUCGAGAGAGUUUGCCAAAUUGUUGCUGACUUUUGUACACGAUAUAGGAUACAUGCAAGAGAGUGGCAUUACAGGUCAGAGGGAAGCUAAAUCAAAGCAAAAGACACGGAGGAGAAGAGAGGUAACAGACAUUCAGGCAGGCACUGGAGGAAGAAUUGCAGCAUUCUGCUGCAGUGAACGUCGGCAUUUCUUUUUGUAUGGAUCAUUUUCUCUACACUGUAUUUCAUAGUAACAUAACAGUCUGAUAAAAGGAUGGACUUUUCAUUAAAUUUGUGAAUUUGA